AAAGGUAUGCUCAAUAUGAUCACGUUGAUUAUUCGUAAAGAAAAACCAAGUGCAAAAUAACCAUAGAAAAUGUGGUAAGGCAUAUGCCAGAAAGAUCUUUCUACGAAUUUUAAUGUCUUUCGUCCUAAUAGUUCUAAAUAUGAUCCUCAUAGCAUUGUAUAUUUUUCUAAUGAUUCCAAGACGUUCUUUGAUAUAAAAAUCCCAACCUAACUUAACCGAAAUAAGGGACUAUACAUAUUUUCAAUCGACUUGUUGGCGUAAUAAACGAAAGAGAAAGGAACAUCAAAAAAAAAUAGCACAGUUAAAAACUGAGAUAACAAAAAUCUCUGUUGAAGUUCUUUUUGCAUGCUGACACAAUAAAUGAAGAUCUAUUAUUUAUUGAAAAUAGAAUUUGAUAGUCUUCUAUAUUAAAACAAAUCAAUUUAAAUGAAACAUAAUGUUAAUUAAGAAUUUUCAAUGUUUGCUCUAUUAUAUUUAGAUUUAAACAAUUGAUUAUGUCUCUUUUGGCAUUAAAGCAAGAUGAUAAAGAUAAAUAUGGAACUUAUGUUUCGAUUCUAUGUGAUAAAAAUACAAAAACUUUAUUAGAUAAAUUUAUUGAUUUAAAUAUUGAAUUAAACGAAAAAAUAGAUCCAUCGUCGUAUCAUUGUACAAUAAUUUGCUCACAUAUUCAAAUUCCAUCAGCUGAAAUAUUGAUUGUGCCACAAAACAUAAUUGCUUAUGCAACUGGUUAUGAUUUAUUAACAACAAAAACUGGUGGAAAAUGUUUGGUUAUGAUAUUGAACUGUCAUGAAGCAAGUCGAUUGAAUAAACUGUUAAUACAACAUGGAGCAAUAUCGGAUUUUGAUGAUUACAAACCACAUAUAACUAUUUGCUAUAAUUACGUUGGAAAUGGUAAUCUAACGAAGUUACCUAUUCCAAAAUUCGAUAUUAUAUUUGAUCAAUAUGAAGUUAAAUCACUCGACCAGAAUUUUAUUCCUCAAAACAAAUAA